UGUUGUGACACCAAAAUAUGUCUUCAUCAAACAUCCCUCAUGUGGUGCUACAAUCCUCCUCCAACCAUCACAGAAUGCCUGUGAUUGGAUUUGGCACUGCUUCAAUGUCACCCCCGAGUACCACCAGAGUGGCAGUGUUAGAGGCUAUCAAACUUGGUUAUAGACACUUCGAUACUGCUUCAAUAUAUGGUUCAGAGCAACCACUUGGAGAAGCCAUAGCUGAAGCACUUCAACUUGGCCUCAUAGGCUCCAGAGAUGAACUCUUCAUCACUUCCAAACUCUGGUGCACGGAUAAUUUUCCUCAUCUUGUUCUUCCAGCUCUACAGAAAACACUCCGGUCUCUAAAGUUGGAAUAUUUGGAUCUUUAUUUGAUCCACUGGCCCAUUGCUGUGAAGCCUGGAGAUUGGGAAUUUCCUUAUCCUGAAGAGGCCGUAACAUCAUUUGACUUAAAGGGUGUAUGGAAAGCAAUGGAGGAAUGCCAAAAGCUAGGUCUUACAAAAUGCAUUGGAGUCAGCAAUUUUAGUUGCAACAAACUUGAAAAUUUGCUCUCAUUUGCUACUAUUCCUCCUUCUAUCAAUCAAGUUGAGAUGAAUCCUACUUGGCAACAAAAGAAGUUGAAAGAAUACUGUCAGGUAAAAGGUAUAAUCAUAACUGCAUAUUCUCCUUUAGGAUCAACGGGGUGCAUGUGGGGUUCCGAUAAUGUUGUGGACAAUGAAUUGCUGAAGGAAAUUGCAAUGGCUCAUGGCAAAUCUUCAGCUCAGGUAUCUCUUAGAUGGUUGUAUGAGUUAGGAGUUACUAUUGCCGUUAAGAGCUACAACAAAGAAAGAAUGAAGCAAAAUUUGGAAAUAUUUGAUUGGUCACUCAACAAAUAUGACAAUGAAAAGAUUGAUCAGGUGAAGCAGCAUCAGUUGAGCAAGAUCGGACCAACAAAAUUUAUUGUUGACCUUUGGGAUGGAGAAAAUUAAUACAUAACUAUGAAUGUUA